AUUUCGGCUUUCGUGUUUACAUAUUUUUUGAAAAUUGUGAAGUCAUGUUAUAAUAUAAAAAUUUAGUAAAAUCGUUGAAAUAUAAUUAUUCUUUAGAGUUCUCGGCCAAUAUAAUUCGUGUUAGUUGUAGCCAUUCUUGAAAUCCAUCAUGAGUUCCAUCGGUACCGGAUACGAUCUCUCAGCUUCUCAGUUCUCUCCGGAUGGUAGAGUGUUUCAAGUAGAAUACGCCAAAAAAGCAGUAGAGAACAGUGGGACGGCUAUCGCGUUACGAGGCAAAGAUGGCGUAGUAUUUGCUGUCGAGAAGUUAGUUACAUCUAAACUCUACGAGCCUGGAACUAACAAACGAUUAUUCACCGUCGAUAGACAUGUUGGCAUGGCUGUAGCUGGUCUAAUCGCCGAUGCUCGUCAACUCGCCGAAACUGCUCGAUCGGAAGCUGCUAGUUAUAGAUCACAAUAUGGAAACCCUAUUCCUUUGAAAUAUCUUAACGAUAGAGUCAGUAUGUACGUGCAUGCUUACACGUUAUACAGCGCCGUUCGUCCUUUCGGUAGUAGUUUAAUAAUAGGAACUUAUGAUCCCGAUGAUGGAGCUCAAAUGUACAUGAUCGAUCCUUCGGGUGUUUCUUACGGAUAUUUCGGCUGUGCUAUUGGUAAAGCCAAACAAGCUGCUAAAACAGAAAUCGAGAAAAUAAAAUUGGCUGAUAUGACUUGCGAAGAACUUGUCAAAGAAGCAGCUCGAAUAAUAUACUUAGUGCACGACGAACUAAAAGAUAAAUUCUUCGAAUUAGAGCUUAGCUGGGUUGGUAAACAUACCGAUGGAUUGCACGUCAAGGUGCCUCAAAAAGUACAAGAAGAAGCGGAAAAAUGCGCUAAAGCGACCCUCGAAGAAGAAUCGGAUUCCGAAGAAGAUAUUUAAACGAUCAUUUUUUUAUAACGUUAUUUUUCUAUUUUAAAUAAACAUCCGUGUAAUUUAGUUA